GGAUAUGUAGUACACAUCCUACACUCUAGAGAAUUGCCUUCCACAGAACCCAGGGGCACCAUGAAGUCCAAUCCUGCCAUCCAAGCUGCUAUUGACCUCACAGCCGGGGCAGCAGGGGGCACAGCAUGUGUACUGACUGGGCAGCCCUUCGACACAAUGAAGGUGAAGAUGCAGACAUUCCCAGACCUCUACCGGGGCCUCACUGACUGCUGCCUGAAGACCUACUCCCAGGUGGGCUUCCGCGGCUUCUACAAGGGCACCAGCCCUGCACUGAUUGCCAAUAUUGCAGAGAACUCGGUGCUCUUCAUGUGUUAUGGCUUCUGCCAGCAGGUGGUCCGUAAAAUGGUUGGAUUGGACAGGCAGGCAAAACUGAGUGACCUCCAGAAUGCAGCUGCUGGUUCCUUUGCCUCUGCCUUUGCUGCCCUGGUCCUCUGCCCCACAGAGCUUGUGAAGUGCCGGCUCCAGACCAUGUAUGAAAUGGAAUCCUCAGGAAAGAUAGCUGCGAGCCAGAAUACAGUUUGGUCAGUUGUGAAAGAAAUCUUUAGGAAGGACGGCCCCUUGGGCUUCUACCAUGGACUCUCAAGCACUUUACUUCGAGAAGUCCCAGGCUACUUCUUCUUCUUCGGUGGCUAUGAACUGAGCAGAUCAUUUUUCGCGUCAGGGAAAUCGAAAGAUGAACUAGGUCCUGUCCCAUUGAUGCUAAGUGGCGGAUUUGGUGGAAUUUGCCUGUGGCUUGCUGUCUAUCCGGUGGAUUGUAUCAAAUCUAGAAUUCAAGUUCUUUCUAUGACUGGAAAGCAGACAGGGCUAGUCAGAACCUUCCUGAGUAUUGUGAAGAACGAAGGAAUAACAGCCUUGUAUUCUGGACUGAAACCUACUAUGAUUCGAGCUUUCCCUGCCAAUGGGGCACUGUUUUUGGCCUAUGAAUAUAGCAGGAAGUUGAUGAUGAACCAAUUGGAAGCAUACUGAAGUGUCUUGGUGGGCCUGGAUUGAAGGCAGGCAUUUAUUGACUGUUAUUAACUCAGGGUUUCACAGAGUACAAGAACAAUGUGGGAUUAUUUGAUUAAUUGGGACUUUUGUCACUGUCUUCCCCUCUAUUCAGAGUCUUAAGACUUUGUGGAAGCCCCUGUAUUCUUUACGGUAUAAUUUCUGCCCAUUAUUGUACCAAAAGAAAAAAGUCGGCUGCUCUUGCCCUUGGAAUGUACAGGGCAGCCAGCUGGUGGCCUUAUGCACUGUGUUCCUCUCAGGACUUCUGCAGAAGUCAGAGGUACACAUGCAAUUUUAAGAUGGUUCUAGGUUGAGGAAUACACAAUUUUGUUUCGUGUCUAGUUGUAAGUGGUGACCAAUUUUUACACAGACGGUUGUAAAUGAUUGCUUAAAUCCAUCCUAGAUGUAGGGCCAAAGGCUGCUGAGGUUAAAACAAAGAGGUUAAAGUUUUAACUUUUUGUGGUACAUUAAAGCUAAAACAUCCAUCUAUAUUUUUAGAUAAACUUGUAUGCAUACUUAUGUGGCUUCUCCAUUCUUGGUGAAAUUUCAGGGUGGAUAUCCCAGAAUUUUUUUCUUUUCCUGAUGCUCAUAAGAGUGCCAAUCAUUUCCCAGGUGGACUUAUUAUUUUGCACUCUGGUAUUGGUAAGAGUGGCCUGGAGGGCUAGUCCUCUGGAGGGUGACAGAGUACUCACCAGCUUCCCUUCUCAGUCAAAGAGCUUCCUGCCUGUGCUAGACUCAUGAUAGACAAGGGACUGCCCCGCCAAGCUCUUAUGAAAACUGCCAGUGGCUGUUAAUCUGGUCUCAGUAGGAAUCCAGGGUACUCUUUUGGUCCUGGAUAUGAAGCCACUCUGCACCUACUGUGUCUCUGUCUUCACCAACCAGAGGCCCUUUCAGGAAGCAGAGAAGUCUGGGCUCCCUGCUUUCAUCAUGGGGUCCUUUUCAUGAGUACGUCGGAAGGAGCCCAUGAGGCCCCACAGCAUAACCGUAUCCGGGUUCAUCCUCUUGAAGUUCACUUGUGGUCUGUAACUCCUUGAUUUGCUUCUACAUUUGGAGCUGGCAGUCUGUGGAUUUUUAAUGACUAUAGAUGUGUAAAUUUGGAAGGCAUUGUGACAUAACAUUUUUUGUUGAACUAGGUAAUAUGUAUUUAGCAACCAAAAUCUCAUUGUCUGCAGUACUUCCAAGACCAGAGGGGCUGACAGUAGCAUUUGUUCCUACUCUGCCUAUAAAGCUGAAGAAAUAGGCUGACCUUAUUAAUGCUCCCUUGCCAUAGUGCCAGGAGCACAAGGUUGAGGAAGCAAAGUGUCCCCCCAAAAGGAAGGAUGCCUCUAGCACCCCUUGGCUGACUUUUUAUGAGAAAUCCAUGUUUGUACUUUCGUUCCCUCUAUUAUUGUAUGGCCAGUGGCUACUGAGUGGUGCUUCAUCUGAACAGGCCUGGGAUGUAGAAAGUAGGAUUGGUUUCCUGCAGGAAGAGGACUGACCAAAGCCAUGGCCUCCCUUUUUGGUGCCUGGGAUCUAUUAUCCCUGUUGGCAGUGUGUCUUCUCACAAUCUGUCCAUUGUGGCCUCUGCUACAGAAAUAGAAGCAAGGGGGAGUGAAAAAAUAGAGGCCUGAGGAGAAUUUUUUUUUUUGUUAUUAUCCUGUUUGUUGGCUUAAUUUGUGAUUUAAUGUUUGGGUACAACUGUACUUGAGACAAAACCAGAACUUAAGAUAGUUUGUUUAAAAAUGAGUAAUUUAUCAUUAUUAAAUAAAACUAAUGUGAGUCUAUGAGUUUCACUUAAUGCAUUAUAUUUAUAUUAGGGACCAAUAGGAAUAUUAAAGAGUUAUGGAUAAUAAAUUUCAAGGUGCUGGUUGUAUUGGAACAAGUA